CUCUUGCACCGUGCCGAGUCGACGUAUUUCACGAUGUGCGAUACCGAAACGCUAAUUCUAGCGAUUGAAAAAGUCCCAUGCUUGUGGAAUAUUACUCACGAAGAUUACCAUAACAAGGAUGUAAGGGAUUCGGCGUGGGAACAAGUAUGUAAAGAAGUUAUCAAUAAUUGGGAGUCUCAUACUAAGACGGAGCGAUUGAACAAAAGUGCCGAUUUAAAAAGGAAAUGGACACAUGUAAGAGAUUAUUAUAGAAAGGAAAUACAAAAAAAUAAAAGUAAUCCAAGUGCAAAAAAAUCGAAAAAAUACAUCUAUGCAGAUAUAUUACAUUUCUUAUUUCCAAUCUUUGAUAAAAGAACAUCGGAAAGAAACUCCGAAAGUGAUGAAUCAGAUGACAUUGUAAAAGAUGUUAAUGACAGAGAAGAAAACACCAAAGGAAGCAAAACUAUUAAUUCGCCAUCAGCAGUAGCACCACUUCUAUCUAAAACAAGCAAAAAAAGGGAUAUCAUAUAUAAAAUCGCAAGCUCACAUGAGGAGAAGGAGAAAAGGAAAGGAGUUAAACCAAAACAAGUCUUUAGAGAAGAAGACGAUGACACAAAGUUUCUUCUCAGUUUCCGAACUUACAUGAGAAGAAUGAAUGUCAAUCAAACAAUUGAUUUCAAAAUUGGUAUGCUACAGUUGGUAAAAAAAAUUAAUAUGGAAAAUGCAAACUGUUCUUCACCCAACGCUACUAAUAUUGACUACCAAUUUAGCGAUAAUACAUUAUCUUCAGAACCAAGCCCUGAUUAUAUUCUGCCGCAUAGGGACCGGUAUGAAAAACUUCCACAGUAAUACUUUCGACAAAAUAUCUUCUGCGUAACUGAAUGAGUCUAAAAUAAAUUAUCUUAAUUACCCUCUGUAGCAAACUUGCAGCACAUCGGGAAAAUCUCGUAAAAUUUGUAUAUUUUUCCAUCAACCAUCCUCAAAUUUUACCCUGACAAUGAAAAUGAGGUUGCAGCAUGGAAAGGACAAAAUUCUUAGUUCCUCAGUUUCAGGGCACCUCGACCAGAAGCAUUUGAAAAUUACGUUAAUUUUAAGCUUUACAUAUAUGUAUGUCAUAUAUUCAUUUCAAUAAUUCUAUUUUGAGUUGAAUAAUAAAGAAUUUUUCUUACCUUACCGUUA